UCCGAUUAAUAGCCACAAAAGUUGAAGAUUGUCAAAAAUAACACAUGCUAACUGCUGCUAGCCAGCAACCACGACUGACAUUAACAUGUUUUGAGAAACAUUGUGAGUAUUUCAGCCUUGCUUGUACGCUUUUGUAAGUUAGGUUAACUUAUCCCAAUAAACACACCAACCCCGACAGCUUUUGAAAUAUUCCCAACUUCAAUUUUUGAUACUGCGAUAAAAGGACGACGUGCGAACCUGGAGAUACAACGCGCAUGCUCAGAAAAUAUUUUUGUCACGUGAUUCCUCCACCCGGAAGACAGUUGUAUUUUAACAGAAAGUGAUCGACAAUGUUCACAUUUUAACCACUGAAAUCAACGAUGUACAGUUUGUUUUAUUGGCUAUAUCACGUAAUAUCGGUCUCCACUGUGUGCCUGUGCCUUUUCGGAAACAAUGGACUCGCCGGUAAAAUGAAGAUAGUUGAGGCGCCAAACACAUUUGGGAUUAACAAUAAUAUUUUGGCUCAGGGAAACAGACUACAGGCUAAAGUGUACCCAUCCCCAGUGUCUGGACCUGCACACCUUUAUCGUUUGGCUGGGAAGUGUUUCAGUCUUACUGAAUCAGUAUAUGAGUUCUGCCCUUUUCACAACAUCACCCAACAUGAACAGUCAUUCAGAUGGAAUGCCUACAGUGGAAUCCUGGGGAUCUGGCAGGAGUGGGAAAUAGCAAAUAAUACGUUUACAGGCAUGUGGAUGAGAGACGGAGACACUUGUGGCACCAGAAACAGAGAAGCAAAGGUCAUAUUUGUGUGCAGCACCCAAAGCAAGCUUGCUCAGGUCUCAGAGCCCAGCACAUGCGUGUACUCACUAACAUUUGAGACGCCACUUGUUUGCCAUCCACAUUCUCUUUUAGUGUACCCCACCCUGAGUGAGAAGCUGCAAAAGGAAUGGGAUGAUGCAGAACAGGCUCGUUAUGACGGCCUUCUGACUGAGCAAGGAUAUGAAAACCUCCUGAGAGUUAUAUUUGAGGAUGCCGGGUUCCUGAAGACUCAAAAAGUAAAAGUGAAGCUACCUGAAGCUGCAGUUGAAUCAGAAACACACAACUCUUUACAGAAAUGUAAUGAGGAUUUUCAAAAACAGCAAGAAGAGAUUGAGAGACUGCGAGCCCUCCUCACGCAUCACAAUAUUCCUUUUCAUACACAACCAGAUGAGUUAAAAGGUGCUAGGACCACAACUAUGGUGCAACAUUUACGAGGGGACACUGGCCUUGCAGAUCCCCGCUGAAAGUCUUUUCUGGGAGUUCUCUCGUUUAUUUACAAAAUGUUCCAGUAAAACACCUUGUAAUUUAUUAAAAAGUCACCUUUGUGCAUCAAAAGGCUCAAUUUCCUUCCU